ACCUUCAAUAUGUCUUCAAGCUAGACACAUUUCAAGACAGCAAAAGGAAACCAAUCAAGAAACUUGUUACUCUCUCUGUUUCUUUCUCUCUCUUUCAUCUUUAUUUAAUCCCUCCUUUGUUUUUCCUUUUCCUGAACUCAUGGCCAAGACAUCAGAUCCUCUUGUGGUUGGAAGGGUUAUUGGAGAUGUAAUUGAUUAUUUCACACCAACUGUGAAAAUGACAGUUACUUAUAACUCCAACAAGCAGGUUUAUAAUGGGCAUGAGCUUUUCCCUUCUGCUGUUACUAGUAAACCUAAGGUUGAGGUCCAAGGAGGUGACAUGAGGUCUUUUUUCACUCUGGUGAUGACAGACCCAGAUGUGCCUGGUCCUAGUGAUCCAUACCUGAGGGAGCACUUGCACUGGAUAGUGACAGACAUCCCAGGAACAACAGAUGCUACAUUUGGAAGAGAAAUGGUGAGCUAUGAAAUGCCAAGGCCAAACAUAGGAAUACACAGGUUUGUGUUCCUCUUGUUCAAGCAACAAAGAAGGCAAACAGUAAAACCACCAACAUCAAGGGAUAGGUUUAAUUCAAGAAAAUUCGCAGAAGAAAAUGAACUUGGCCUGCCUGUUGCAGCUGUCUUCUUUAAUGCUCAAAGAGAAACAGCUGCAAGAAGACGCUAAUGAAGAAGAGAGAAGACAUAAACAAAUAAAUAAAAACCAGUGGCAGUGGUACUACGUACUCUUGGAUCGGCAUCAACUGAUAUUGUCAUUAUUAUCAUUAGUAUUAGUGUUAGUAUAUUAUCAGUGCUGUUUAAAGUAUUAUAUAUAUGAUCAAAUGUAGAUAUAGUAGCACUGUGUUUGAAUCUUAAUCAGUGCUUAAAAAAAGCCAAAAAAAAAAAAAAAUUAAUGGGAACCUUGUUUUAGCUAGAAUAAGCCGGGUGGAGAUCUUUAUAUGUAUCUAUGUACUGAUGUUGCUGCUUUGCGAGCAGGAAAUUUAUGUUCUAAGUAAUGUAGAAUCUCUUAUUACAUAAACCCUUGUCUUCUUCUUUUCUGAGAAAUUAUCACAAGGUUAAUCUAUGGAUUAUAU